AUGCGCAGUAGGUCAGCAGACGAGUAGAUGACUGAUUAUUUAUGUUUCGAGUAGGGAUGAAGUUAUUGUGAAUUCCCUUAAAUUUCGUUAAUUUUCGACCUAAUCGAUAAACAUGGGAAAGAAAAACUGCGUAGCGUGUCGAAAAAAUUGUAAGUCGGGAGCGAUCCGAGUACCAGAAGACCGAUAUUAUCACGAAAAAUGUUUCGCCUGUGCCGAAUGUAAAACGCCGCUCUCCAUCUCUGAAUUUUACUCUCAUGAUGGCCAAUGCUACUGCCAAGCUGAUUUUAAACGGUUGUUUGCUGCCAAAUGUUCUUUCUGUGGUGAAUUAUUUAAUGGAGAUGAGGAAAGAGCAAUGGCACUUAAUAAAUACUGGCAUCCAACUUGUUUCAAAUGCGCUUUAUGUAAUAGACAAAUGAAGGCUGGCGAGAAAGUGACUUUCGAUGGUAAAGUAUUCUCAUGUUUUCAAUGCAAGAUACAAUCUGGUGGCCCUAAAGUAACGUCAACCCCUUUAAAACCGAUGCUUGGGGAUGUAACACCAGUUGCUGCCAGUCCGAUUGGUGGAAAAGAGGUUAACAAUAUAGUAAAGGACGAUUACACAUUAAUCAUGAAUGAAGCUACGCAGCUGGAACGUGAAGUUCUUCCUCCCGAAGCUGACAAUCCCCUAAUAGAAUCAGAACGAAAAGCUACAAGUGAGGCUCUAGCAAGCAGAAAAAUUCAAUUUGGAAAAUUCUACAAUCAAAGCUAUUUGAAAAUUGAUGUAAAACCAGUUGAGAAAGGUCCUCCUCAGAAUCCAAAUAUCAGAAAUCAAUAUCAGCACUUUCACAGGCCUGACAACUUUUCUUACAAAAAUGUUAGAAGAGACUUUCAACCAACUAAACAGAAUUCUGACUUCCUUCUUAGAAUUCAAGAUAAAAGAAAACGAGAAGCACGACCAGCUAUGAACAAUGAAGAAGCGAUUAAGUUAGCAAAAUGUCCAGAUGGGGAUCCUGCCACUUAUGUUGCUCCCAUUGAAAGAGUUGACUGGCCCUGUCCAACUGCUCAAGCGGUUCUGCGCAAUUCUGAACCUCGUAUAAGAUCCAGUAGUACCGGAUCAAAAUCGACUAGGUCAGCUUUAUCAGAUGACGAGGACACAAAAUAUAACAAAUCACUGGACUCCACUAGAGAGAUAGCUUUCUUAAGACGAUAUGGUCAGUCGUCCAGUGUUGGUAGAGCAUUAUUGAAGUCUUUCGAAAAAGAGGAGCGCUUGAAGAAACAGAGAGCAGAAGAUGACCCGGAAGAGGAACUCGAUCCGGUCAGUGCUUCUAGAACACCAUCUGCUAAUAAAGAGCCACCUUUUAGGACACGUUACGAGUCGCAUAAAUUUGCGUCUCCAUCGAGAGAUUUAGAAUAUAGACCGAGAUCAAGUUCCUUAGACGAACGACCCAGUGGUUAUGGUAGAGGACGCUAUGUGGUUUCAUCUAAGUCUCCUCCUAAGCCUGGAUAUAGUUUAAAAUCAUCUACUCAUCCAUCUUCGGCAAUGAGCAAUGGAACUAGUAAAUUUUCUAGAAGUCUAGAAUGGGAAAGAGCAUCUCUUUCGGAGUAUGAUCCAGAAACUGGAUUAAGAAGAGUGCCUAGAUAUCGAAUGACUCCUGGCACUAGUCUAAAAUCUUCAGCUUAUACAAGCACAAGGCAUUCAUUGCCGUCUAUGUUGAGACCUGACCAGGGACAGGCAAAGAUCUAUCCAUACGAGCAACUUAAACUAACAAAUCAUUCUUUGCCACCCGGCGUCGAUCGUCUGAACCUAGAAGAACAUUUAAGUAAAGAAGAAUUCGAAUCUAUCUUUCAUAUUGGUCACGAAGAAUUUUAUAGACUGGCCGAAUGGAAAAGAAACGAUAUGAAGAUGAGAGUUGAUCUGUUCGAAUGUCCUACUUGAACGUCGGUAUCGAGUUGGUUAGACUUUUUAAAAAAUCGCGUGUAGUGUUUAUGCAAAUGGCAAAAGUUUUUCGCGCUAGAACCGCCAUUCUUGUGAUGAUUGAGAAAUCUUACUAGUUUUUAACGCAAUAUCCCCAGCUUGAACGAUCAAGCUUUUCUUACUUUUUUUUGUUCCUAUUUUGUUUUUGGUGCGUGAGUCAUAUCGGCCUUGUCAUAUCUCUUAGAUAAAAUGAUUUUCUAAUAUCUAAACUGAAUGAAUUUAGAUUUAUCCUGCUGGUUAUUUAGUAAUUUGUAAUUUUUGGGUUAUAUCAUAAUUAACGUUCUGGUUUUUGUUUAAGGCAUCGUCUUUCGCCGCUAUGAUCACGCUCUCUGUAUGUAUACGUUAAAUAAAAAUGACCGCCUUUUUUUUAUUAAAUAUAAUUGAAACUGCUUAUUGUGCUUACAACGCUUUUUGUUUUCUUUCUUUCCACUAAACAAAAUCCUAUUCAAAACGGAAUUUAUCCAAAAAACAGAUAAAUACACAAUUGUUCAGCUUAAAGGAAUUUGUAAUUUAACAUCUCUGUAAUAUGUCAAACCAUUCCGGCCUACGUACGCAUUUUUCACUGCCUCUCUCUCUCUCUCUCUCUCUCUAAGAAUAGAUAUUUAUUUCUAUCUAAGAUGUUUAUUGUAGUUAGAAUCAUCUUUGUUAGUAACGAUUGACGACUUAAGUAUUUUGAAGCAAAGGAAAUUCUAUAUUUUGAACACACCCUCUAAGAUUUUUUCACGUUUUGUUUUUUUAAUUCUAUAGAUUGUCCUUCUUUUUCUAACACUAUAUAUCAAUAUUAUUAUUCUGUGAUGAUAUUUGGUUGAAAUUCAUCUAGCACUGCCUCACCCAAACUAUUGGCAUACAUAUCCAAUCUCUGAGUCAUUCGGAAUCCCCAUUUAUCUCUAACUUGCCUUGAAAGAUUUAAAUCAAUCUCGGAAAAUAUUAAUCCGUCUCUAACUCUAGAAAGCCCUGGCGUUCGACUUCCGUCUGGAGCGCUUAUAUAACUUGAACCGUAAAAGUGUCCAAAAUUCUUGUGCGCCGGUUUACCGUCGCCUGAUGUAAAUUCAUUAGGAAAUUGCUCGCUUCCCACUCUAUUAAUUGCAACAGUGUAAUAACUAUUAGCUAUAGCAGCGUUUCUUGCUUCUAUAGGCCACAUUGGUUCGGAGAGGCCACCCACAGUUGCGCUAGGAUUGAAAACGAUUUCCGCCCCGUUUAAGCCAUAAGUAAGCCAAUUUAAAGGGUGAUGUCUACCAUAGCAAAUGUUUAUGGCAACUCUUCCAAAUGCAGUUUGAAAUACUCGAUGACCUGUAUCACCUUCCAUAUAAUACGUCGACUCAUUAAAGUCGCCAACUCUUGGUAUAUGAUUUUUUCUCGAUUUGCCCAUAUAAUGACCAUUAUUCGAAAUAACAACAGCCGUGUUCCAUAUAACAUCGCCAUGAGCCUCAUCCCUUUCAAGAAUUGGCGAAACGAUAACCAUAUUGUAUUUCUUUGCGUAAUCUUGCAAAAAGCAAGUUGAUGGACCAUUUUCGGCAGAUUCAGCGAAUUCGCACCAGGGAUACUUUUCCCUAGUGCAAAAAGCAAAUGGCAUUGUCCAAGCUUCUUGAAGGCAUAGUACAUUUACACCGCAUUCUCCCGCAAGAUCAAUUAUUUUGCCAAUUUUCCUGUGCAAUGCAUCCCUUUGAUUCACGACAGGUUCAUCAGUACCAAUAGCUAUCGAGUUCUGGAUGGCUCCUACUCUGACAAGUCUAGCAGCUCUACUCUGUUCUUUAGGACAAUCAAAUUUAUAGCCUUCCACGUCAACAUUAAUCGAUUUAGCUUUUUCUUCUACAUUGCUAUUCAAGGGUAGUUUAAUCGGCGCAUUACCGAAAAGUAUUCGCUUGACCUCCUUUAACUGAUCAGAUGGAAUAUGUUCAUCAAGAACAUCUUCUAAUCGAUUUAUUUCGGCUGCCAUGUCUGUAACCCUUCGACUAUCGACUGUCUGACGAUAAUAGCAGCAAUCACG